AUGGCGGCGGAGCCCACGCUGUGCGCGUUCCUCAGCAAGGUGCUGUGCGCGCACGGCGGCCGCAUGCUCCUGCGGGACCUGCGCCGCCACGUGGAGCUGUCGGAGGCCCAGCUGCGGGCGGUGCUGCUGCGGGCCGGGCCCGAGCGCUUCCUGCUGCAGGCGGUGGCGGCGGCGGCGGCGGCCUCGGAGGGCGGCGGCUGGGACGCGGAGGCCGAGGUGGCGGCGGCGGGCGGCGGGGCGGGCGGCGCGGCGGGCGCGGAGGCCGCGGCCGAGGCCUGCAGGGUGGUGGCCGUCACCGCCGCGCGCCUCUGCGCCCGCUACCAGCGCGGCGAGUGCCCGGCCUGCGACCAGCUGCACCUCUGCCGCCGCCACAUGCUGGGCCGCUGCCCGCACCGCGACUGCUGGUCCAUCUGUACCCUUUCCCAUGACAUCCACACCCCGGUCAAUAUUCAAGUCCUGAAAAACCAUGGGCUCUUUGGCCUCAAUGAAGCCCAGCUUCGCAUCCUGCUUCUGCAGAACGACCCGUGCCUUUUACCAGAGGUCUGUUUGUUGUACAACAAAGGUGGCUGCCCCCCCUUCGGGUACUGCAAUCUCAAGGAGAAAUGCACCAAGUUCCAUGUGUGCAAGAACUUUGUGCAUGGAGAGUGCCUAGUCCAGACAUGCAGAUGGUCCCAUCAGCUCAUCCACGCUGCCUCCCUCAGGUGGCUGGAGGACCAAGAACUAAGCAUCUCAAGUGUGGUGAAUUUUCAGAUCAUCUCUGCCUACAAGCAUGCGAAGUUGCACCAGACGCUUGAGAAGAAAGAUAACUCAGCUUCUACGGAGCACUCACAGGACCUUGAGGAACAAGGAGCACACAAGGCUGGGGCAGCAGAAGCCAGGCCUCUUGUCCCUGUCCCUGCUCUGUCAGCUGGCCAGCCCUGCCCAGGUCAACCUGAAAGGGCAUCGGAGAAGUGAGAAGUUUGACCAUCUUGGAAGAUUCGAAAGCACGGCUUUGCUAAUAAGCUUUUGUUUGUAACAGUUGGUUCUUUACUUAUGAACAGUGUUCAUACUAAUACCUACCUCACAGCUUGUGGCAACUAAAGAUGGAAAAGGAGAAAAUGUCAGCUUGGGAGGCAAAAGUUGGAGAUGGGGUUGAACAUAGAAUAAGCAAGAGAGGGUAAACUCUUGAGUCCAGGGGCUGGGGAUGUGGCUUAGCGGUAGCAUGCUUCCCUCGCAUGUAUGAAGCUCUGGGUUCAAUUCCUCAG